AUGGCGUCAUCGAGUCGAUUGGGAUCUGCUUCUAUAGCGGCUAGAACAAGCUCAAAGCUUUCAUUGUGGCACAGUGCUAUCCAAGAUCUGCUUCAACGUGGAACAUGGGCUCAAGCCAUGCGAGUGCAGCGUAUGCUUAUUCGAAAUGCUAUUGGUAGUAUUGCAUGCGCAUGGGCUGCGAACACAUGCUAUUCAACUGGAAACAUCUUCUCGUCAAAAUCUUCUCGCGACCAAUCUAGAUAUGAACUCAUCGUUGCAAAUGUUGUUUGGUGCGGGGUUUUGUACGCGAUAACGAUAGUACUAGCUCAUGUCCCUGCGAUGUUAACCCAGCGCUUCAUCAGUCUACCUAGACGCCGUCCAACCAUUCUAUACUGCGUCAAGGAACUAGCUUGGGGAUCCGGGCCUUGGCUCACCGCUGCCGUAUUGCUAAUGUUUGGUUUGGGCGAACUUAUUGCGUGGCUCUCUCAAUCGGAUGGCAUUUCUAAGUUCAAACUCGAGUUCUACGGCAUUAUUAUUUGCAAUCACAUUAUGAACACAAGUGUGAUUCUAACAGCACGAAAAAUCUACUUUCAGAAAACUCGAGAGGGUAAAGAUCGGCUGGAUCGACGAAGACAAAAACGCAAAACUCCAGUCAUCGCGAUUGGGUUUCUCAUGAAUUCCAGAGUCUCUCCAAUGCCAUCAGAUAUUGUACCCAUGUACAUCUCGCCAAGUUUCUGGCGAGGGUAUGUCAACAGCGCCAUCUCGUGCUUACCAGUGUUUCUAGCUGGAGGCUACGUGCAGCUCCUGAGUCAGAUGAGAAUAGCAGAGCAGAGUUCCAUUGUCGUAGCGUGCUUUAUGACACUCAGCACAUUGGCCAAGUUGGUCUUGCAGGAGAGUGCGAAACAUUUGGUCAUCAAGAAACGCAUUCGAAGCAUUCGCGUAAUGUGCAUCCUGGUUGCAGUCCCCACUGUGUUGAUCGAUACUCAGGCGAGGAUCGUCCUACUAGGCAUGCAAGACACUGAUUUAGCUGCAGCAGGAAUCUUUGGGAUGGCGAUUCUUGAGAUAUUUGUUCGUGUAGGCAAAGCAUUUGUCGUAACCUACAGCAUCCGUCGUCGACAAGGCUACGUUCGCGAAUACACCAAGCCACCAGUCCAAGUUCAAAGCCCCGGACGCGCUUCACGUGCCUCAAUUCAACAAUCUGUCACUGAUCGGCGAUGCUCCUCGGUUGUUACUAAGCAGAUUGGCUUCGAACUCUGGAGACACCAACGCCAAGCGUACCACACAGCGGAGCUCAAUGCAGAUAUGUAUGCCGAGUACAUCGCUAUCGGCUGUUCAGCGUCCAUUCUCUUCUUCUACAGCAACCACCCACACUAUUCCCUACUGAGACCGCUAGAUGCUUCAAUGUCCGAGUCGGAGGUGGCAGCGCGAAAGAUGAGUCAGCUGUACAAGCUCCUCUUGCAAGUCGUGGUCGAAAUUGUCGUCGACUACACGUCCAUCGUACUGGAGAUCACAGCAGGCAUCGAGUUCGAUCAGAUCAAAGGACUCGGAUCGUUCCUUGCUGCGUUGUUUGGCACCACAGCGGUGAUCAACAUUAUCAUCUCAGCCAUGAUGUUCCUGGACUGA